CAAACCGACGGAUUUCGGACAACAAGAGAUAUGUAUUUAGCAUAAAUCUGUUAUUUCAAGAUUUUCUCCUCAUAAUAGUUAUACGUAUUUUUAUUUAGUUAAAACUAAACACAUUUGCCUUGGCUUGUUUGUGCGCUGGGAAUUUUGGAGAAAAUCAAGAAAGAAAUGAAGCUGUCUUUGGUCGUUUUUCUUGCGACUGUGUUUCAUGAAGGAAUAGCAGACUUUCUGGUGGACCAGGAGGCUUUCUUUCAGUCAUUAAAACAGUUUGAGAAAGACCGCCAAGAAGCCUCCAGUGGGCCAGAAAUCGGUCCUCCAGUGCAAGAGGCAGAGGCGGUUGAAGACGAGUCGGCCUGGAACCAGUUUUCAUUGACGAAGAGAUCAAUAACGACAGAGAAACGAAACACGAUUCGUCUAAACUUCCCUGACAGUCUCCCCAAAGAGAAUGGCACAGGCCGUGUGGAAGUUUAUCACGACAACCAGUGGGGUACUGUGUGUGAUAGAUCCUGGGACGGCAAAGACGCGUUCGUCGUCUGCAAUGAACUGGGACUAGUCAAAGCGAUCCACGAGACCAAAAGGGCUAAAUAUGGUCAGGGAAUAGGUCCAGUAUGGCUCAAUAACGUGCAGUGCACGGGAGGAGAGAGGUCGUUGCUAGACUGUCCCCACUCUGGAUGGGGAAAUGUGGGCAGUUGUGCGCAUGGCAAUGAUGCUGGGGUCAAGUGUUUGCAAACAGGCCUCCCACGCUUGAUUGAGGUUGGCUGCUACAAAGACAGCGAAUCAAACCGAGCUCUGCGAACUUUGUACGCGUUCUUGCGACUGGAAAUCGAUUGGUACAACCUGCGAAGCAUGAUAACGAAGUGCGCGGAAAGAGCUUGGAGUCGAGGAUUCCGAUACUUCGGAAUCCAAUUCUAUGGAGAAUGCUGGAGUGACGAGGAAGCAGAGACUCGAUACGCUAUGCACGGGGAGGUGGAUGCAUCAAACACUGAACAGAACUGCCUUGAAGGCACCGGUAUGCACUGGGCUAAUUUUGUUUACAAAUUCGCACCAUGGGCGGAUCUGGGAUGCUGGAGGGAUAACAAACUUGACCGAGCUAUGUCUCAGCUGCUCGUCAACCUGCGAUUCCAGAUUGACUGGUUUAACAUCGGUAAAACCGUUGACUUGUGCUAUCAGGCCGCAAAGAAGGCCGGCAAGAAGUACUUUGCCGUGCAGUUUUAUGGCGAAUGCUGGGUAGAUAAAGAUGACUCGACUUACAUGAAGCACGGACCGAGCACGGCUUGUUGGAGCGGUGUCGGAAAAGGAAGCACGAACUAUGUGUACAAAGUGGAGUGGUAACUAGAUCACUGAAUCCUUUGAUAAUCUUUGCAGGAUCUGUUUUUUUCUUGAAGUAUUUGUUGGACACUUAAGUGACAGGGAAUUGCUAGUCCUGAAAGUUUGCUGUAUCUGUGUAUCUGUGUAAUAAGAAAUAAAGCAAAGCUGAAAAAAGUCGA